CCCCUCCCCGUCCGGCGGCUGAGGCGCACUCGAGAGCGAGCGCCGGGCAGAGCGCGAGCGGUGCCGGGGGGGUGCGGGAGCAGCAGCAGCAGCAGCAGCAGCAGCAGCAGCAGUGGUUGCAGCAGCAGCAGCGCUAGCAGUGCUAGCAGCGCCCGCCCGCGCGCCCCGACCCCAACCCCAACGGCCGCCCCCCCCCGCCCGCUUUCGUUAACGGCUCCUCCCGCGGGAGGGGGGCGGAGAAGGGGAGCCCGGCAGCGGAGCCCCGCGGGCCAUGGGGGUCCCGCGGCCGGAGCAGGCGCAGCGAGGGCAGCGGCAGGUAUCUCCAUUUUACUGAUACCAGAAAGAAAGUGACUCCAGUAGGCAUUCUUUGGGAAUCAUUCUAACCAAAGAUAACAGAAAUUUGCCUGGAUUAACACUGAACUGAAUGCAUCUGAACUGAAGGAAAUGUUUUAAGAUUGGUUUCCUGCCGGGAGUUGUACAAAAAUGGUGCACUGAGGGUUCUGCUGCUUCUGGGAAGACAGUAACUGUAUAUUUAUACUGCAGUUUACUGGUCCACAAAAAACAAUGUAAUAACAAAGCUAACAGUAAAUUUAUGUAACACUAGUGGUUCCCCUCCCCCUGACUGGACAUGAGUGAUCAAAGGUCUUUGCAAGAAGAUAAGCACAAAAUUAGCAGAACUUCCUCAAAGUUCAGGGAGUCUUCAAGAAGCAUGCAAUCUGAUGAUUAUUUUGCAAGAAAGCUUAAAGCUUUGAAUGGUAGCAUGGGUCCUCCUGUUUCUUCAAAUGUAUCUAGCAAAGCUGAAAAUAAUCAAUCCAAUGGUACACCAGCUGUGCCUAAAAUGGGUGUUCGAGCAAGGGUAUCUGAGUGGCCGCCUAAAAAGGAUUGCUCUAAGGAGUUGAGUAAAGCUGCUUGGGAAAGCAGAUCUCCAGCUAGUUACGAAAGUGUUGGAUCAGUACAUCCAAAUGGACAAAAUGACCAAACUGAAGGGCAGCAAGAAGAACUAGAACUGGAAUUUGCAGAGGGAAGAUAUUCUAUUGGAGAUCUGUUUGUUCAUUCCCCUCAAAGGGGACUUCAUCCCAUUAGGCAAAGAAGCAACAGUGAUGUGACGAUAAGUGAUAUUGAUGCUGAAGAUGUGUUAGACCAGAAUGCUGUUAACCCAAAUACUGGAGCAGCCCUUCAUCGAGAGUAUGGAAGUACUUCUUCAAUUGAUAGACAAGGCUUGUCUGGAGAAAACUUUUUUGCAAUGCUAAGAGGAUACAGAGUAGAAAACUUCGAACAUAAAACCCUUGCUCCAUUUGGAUUUUCCGAGUUUUUCCACUGUGAUCCUACCGUUUCUCCAAGUCUGCAUGCUGCUGCACAGAUUUCCAGGGGAGAAUUUGUCAGGAUUUCUGGUUUGGAUUAUAUGGAUAGUGCGCUGCUUAUUGGUCGAGACAGGGAGAAAUCUUUUAAGAGGAGACUAAAAUCAGAAACAGUAGAAACAUCUCUAUUUAGAAAAUUGCGAACAGUUAAAAGUGAGCAUGAAACCUUUAAGUUUUCGUCUGAUCUGGAUGAUAGACUUGACAGAAAUGUGCGUUCUUGGAACUGUCAGAAGUGUUUUGCACAUUAUGAUGUUCAGAGCGUUUUGUUUAACAUCAAUGAAGCAAUGGCUACCAGAGUAAACGUGGGAAAAAGAAAAAAUAUAACCACUGGGGCUUCAGCUGCAUCACAAACUCAGAUGCCAGCAGGCCAAACAGGAAACUGUGAAUCGCCUUUGGGAAGCAAAGAGGAUCUCAAUUCAAAAGAGAAUUUAGAUGCUGAUGAGGGUGAUGGGAAAAGCAAUGACUUAGUACUGAGCUGCCCUUACUUCAGGAAUGAAACUGGUGGAGAAGGAGAUAGACGGAUUGCACUUUCCAGGGCAAAUUCAGCAUCUUUUUCUUCAGGUGAAAGUUGUUCUUUUGAAUCCUCUCUGAGUUCUCAUUGCACAAAUGCUGGUGUUUCAGUACUGGAAGUACCAAGAGAAAACCAGUCAAUUCACAGAGAGAAAGUGAAGCGUUACAUCAUAGAACAUAUUGAUCUUGGAGCGUACUAUUACCGCAAGUUCUUCUACGGAAAAGAACAUCAGAAUUACUUUGGAAUAGAUGAAAAUCUUGGACCUGUAGCAGUCAGCAUCCGGAGGGAGAAGGUUGAAGAUGCUAAGGAAAAAGAAGGAUCUCAGUUCAACUAUCGGAUAGUUUUCAGGACAAGUGAGCUUACUACGCUUAGAGGAGCAAUUUUAGAAGAUGCUAUACCAUCCACUGCAAGGCAUGGCACAGCAAGAGGUCUGCCUCUCAAAGAGGUACUAGAAUAUGUAAUACCAGAACUGAGCAUUCAGUGCCUGAGGCAGGCUUCCAACUCACCCAAAGUACCUGAACAGCUGCUUAAAUUGGAUGAACAAGGGCUGAGUUUUCAACACAAGAUUGGUAUCCUUUACUGCAAAGCAGGCCAAAGCACAGAGGAAGAAAUGUAUAACAAUGAGAUGGCGGGACCAGCUUUUGAGGAGUUCCUUGAUCUGCUGGGCCAAAGAGUACGGCUAAAAGGGUUUAGUAAAUACAGGGCUCAGCUAGAUAACAAAACUGAUUCAACAGGAACUCAUUCCCUCUAUACUACUUAUAAAGAUUAUGAGUUAAUGUUUCAUGUAUCAACAAUGCUUCCAUACAUGCCCAAUAACAGGCAACAGCUGCUAAGGAAAAGGCAUAUAGGAAAUGACAUAGUUACCAUUGUCUUCCAAGAGCCAGGAGCGCUUCCUUUUACUCCAAAAAAUAUUCGUUCCCACUUUCAACAUGUAUUUGUCAUUGUCAAAGUGCAUAAUCCUUGUACUGAAAAUGUGUGCUAUAGUGUUGGUGUAUCAAGAUCAAAAGAUGUACCUCCAUUUGGUCCACCCAUUCCCAAAGGAGUAACUUUCCCCAAGUCAGCAGUCUUUAGGGACUUUCUUUUAGCCAAAGUUAUUAAUGCUGAAAAUGCAGCACAUAAGUCGGAAAAAUUUCGAGCCAUGGCCACAAGGACACGUCAAGAAUACUUGAAAGAUCUGGCAGAAAACUUUGUUACCACAGCUACGGUGGAUACUUCAGCAAAGUUUAGCUUCAUUACUUUAGGUGCAAAAAAAAAGGAAAAAGUGAAACCAAGGAAAGAUGCGCAUUUAUUCAGUGUUGGAGCAAUUAUGUGGAAUGUGAUCGCACGAGAUUUUGGCCAGUCUGCUGACAUUGAAUGUCUCCUUGGAAUCUCCAAUGAAUUUAUCAUGUUGAUUGAAAAGGAAUCAAAAAAUGUUGUGUUUAACUGCUCCUGCAGAGAUGUUAUUGGAUGGACGUCUGGAUUAAUGAGCAUCAAAAUAUUUUAUGAAAGAGGAGAAUGUAUUCUUCUGUCUGCAGCAGAUAAUUGUACUGAAGACAUCAGGGAAAUUGUUCAAAGACUCGAAAUAGUGACCAGAGGAUGUGAAACCACAGAAAUGACCCUUCGGAGGAAUGGGUUGGGCCAGCUUGGAUUCCACGUGAACUUUGAAGGGAUAGUGGCAGACGUGGAGCCCUUUGGUUUUGCAUGGAAAGCAGGCCUAAGGCAAGGGAGCCGCCUGGUUGAAAUCUGUAAAGUGGCUGUGGCAACUUUGACUCAUGAACAAAUGAUUGACCUUUUACGCACAUCAGUGACAGUAAAAGUGGUGAUUAUUCAGCCACACGAGGAUGGAGCACCUAGAAGGGGUUGUUCAGAACUUUGUCGUAUACCCAUGGUGGAAUACAAACUUGACAGUGAAGGCACCCCAUGUGAGUAUAAAACCCCUUUCAGAAGGAAUACCACUUGGCAUCGGGUGCCGACUCCCGCUGGGCAGCCUCUCUCUCGUGCCUCUCCAAUCCUAGGAACAUCCGACAGACUGCAGUGCCAGCAGCUUCUCCAGCAGGCUCAGACAGCCAUUCCUCGCAGCACUUCCUUUGAUAGAAAACUGCCAGAUGGUGCAAGUCAACAUUACAGAAGUUCUCCAAGCAACCAGUCCUCAUCCAGUGACCCAGGACCCAGUGGGAGCAGCCAGUGGAGACAGCAAGUGGGAUAUGAUGGGUGCCAAUCCCCUUUACUCCAUGAACACCAAGGUACAGGCUCGCUGGAGUGUGAAGGAGGCAGAGAACGAGAGGAAACUUUGGAUGGAACCAGACAUUCUGAAACCAAGUGGCAUGCACCAUCGACCAAAGUCCUCAGCUCCUACAAAGACCGGGCUUUACAAAAAGAAGGCAGUGGCAAGGAGUCACCAAACAAACUUUCACAUAUUGGAGAUAAAAGCUGUUCAAGCCACUCAAGCAGCAAUACCCUAUCCAGUAAUACAUCCAGCAACAGUGAUGAAAAACACUUCGGUUCUGGAGAUCUGAUGGAUCCUGAGCUGCUUGGAUUGACUUAUAUAAAAGGGGCAUCUACUGACAGUGGAAUUGAUACAGCUCCCUGUAUGCCAGCUCCUCUCCUGGCCCCUUUGCACCUUGCUGGCAGCAGGUCUGGAGUACAUUGUCGUACCGAGCAGUGGACCGAGUCUUCUGACACUCCUGGGCUAGAUGAGGAGCCAACUAAAAUGUAUGCUGUUCAUAGCUAUGCCUCUGCUAUUUCUACCAGUCAUACAGCUGAAGGCAGUAUGGGAGACCUAAGUGAAAUCUCCUCUCAUUCCAGUGGGUCACAUCAUUCAGGAAGCCCAUCAACACAUUGCUCUAAAAAGAGUGGCUCCCUAGAUACCUCCAAAGUCUAUAUAGUGUCACAGAGUAGUAGUCAACAGAUUUCUGGGUCGGUUUCAAAACCAUACCACAGACAAGGAGCAGUGAGUAAAUACGUCAUUGGAUGGAAAAAAUCAGAAGGAAGUCCUACACCUGAAGAAUCUGAAAUUUCUGAAUGCCACGAAGUGUAUGAUGAUAUUGAUGCUGUGUCUGCAUCGAGUCCACUUCAAACUUCCGUGAGGAAUGCCAUUGUCGAAAGCCAACAAGUGUUAUCCAAAGAAGAUUUUCUGAAGUUGAUGCUGCCAGAAAGCCUCUCUGCAGAGGAAGGGAGGAGAAAGUUUUCAUGUUAUGGAAACCUUUCUCCACGGAGGACGCUUUAUCGUACCCUAUCUGAUGAGAGUAUAUGUAGCAAUCGAAGAGGAUCUUCAUAUGCUAGCUCUCGAAGUUCAAUGCUAGACCAGGCCCUGCCAAACGAUAUCUUAUUCAGCACUACUCCACCAUACCACAGUACAUUGCCUCCCAGAAUGAGCCUGACUCCUGGAAUGGGAAAUCUGAGAAAUGAAUUCUGGUUCUCAGAUGGGUCCUUAUCUGAUAAAGCCAAAUUCAAUGAUCCUGGCCUGAUGCCCCUGCCAGACACUGCCACAGGGCUAGACUGGUCUCACCUGGUAGAUGCUGCACGAGCGUUUGAAGGUUUUGACUCAGAUGAAGAACUUGGGCCGUUCUGUCAUCACACGCCGUUUCUAGAUCAGAGAGUAGCAUCUUUUUGUACGUUGGAUGAUAUGCAGCAAGCUCAGGGCUUGGAAGGAACACAAGAAUUACCUUUGGAUGAGAGUCCCACAGAUGGAAAAGAUUUCCUCGAGGCUACUGGGGAGCAUGCUCCAACUACUCUGACGGGAAAAGUUAACCAGCUGGAAGUGAUCCUCCGGCAACUACAAACUGACCUGAGGAAGGAAAAACAGGACAAAGCAGUUCUCCAAGCAGAGGUACAGCAUCUGAGACAAGAUAACAUGAGACUUCAAGAGGAGUCUCAAACAGCAGCUGCUCAACUGAGGAAGUUUACAGAAUGGUUUUUCAAUACGAUAGACAAAAAAUCCUAAUGGCUGGACCCCCUUCGAAAAUACUUACUUGUAGCAGCUGUAAUGUAACAGCUGUAUUUUUUUGAUUAGCAGGAUAAUAAUUUCACUGUGUUCACAAUCCAUUUUAGGUGUUUCUGCUACAUUCUCUAUCCAGCUUUAUUCAUUUGAAAAAGGGAGAACUGUGAUAAUCUGUCUUUAAAUUCAUAUGAAGAAAGCAGAGAAUAGCAGAUAUUUGUUUGUGUGAAGAUGAAUGUAAAAAAAAAAUCUUAGUGUCAUUUUAGACAUUUUUAGAAGGUGCGCUGGCUAAGGCUUGCCUGAAGAGGAAUAUCUGGGGUUUUAGUUCCUUCAUUUCAGGUGCGCUGGUGAAGAUGUUAAAGCAAUUUACAUUAGCUUGGGCUUCAGUAUUGUAAGAUAAAAAGAAUAACUAGACAUAUACUUUAAUGUUUAAAAGGUGCUCUAUUUUUUUGUAUGUACAGUAGUUUUAUUUCCACGGUCCACAUUGUCAUAGCAAUAAGAAUGGAGGUAUAGUGAAUAGUCAAAAAGCUGUGUUUAUAAAAUGUUAGCACUGAUGUGUUUAACACUAGUUUGGAUGCAGAUACAUUAGAGAUUAUUUAUUUGCAGGAACAAAUGGUGCCUGAAUAUAAACAGUGUUCUGAUUUUCUAAAGAUUCACAUGCCUUGUAAAUGGCUCACUGGGGUUAGCCCACUCCCAACUUCAGUUACUUUUGUAUAGUUGAUGUUCAGCUAAACAGUUAUAUUGCUUAACUAUUGGAAUCAUGUAUGGUGUGAGCCAGCCAAUCAAUUGUACAAUGCCAAAUCUGUUUAUCUUUGUACAGAAGCUUUGAUCAAGUGUCUUGUAUUUAACACCUUUAUUUAAGCUUAUUUAACCUUAAAUUGUUGAUUUUUAUAAAGUUUGUUUUAUCUGCACUAUGGUGAGGUCAGUUGGUUGCAAGCUGUAAUAUUUUUAGCUUGCCAAGACUGUACUGAGGAGUUCUAGAAAAUUCUAACAAUUGGAUGCUGCUAGUACACAAUUGAUUUGUUUGUAUGCUUUAACAUUUUUAACUGUUUAAUUUGAAAUGAACAUACAUCCUGCUUUUUUAAUAAAUGUUAAAAAUCUAAACCUGAAAAAUUAUUUUAUCUUGUAUCAUCUACAACUAUUGUCACUAGCUCAGGUUUCCAUUCAGCUCACCAUCUAGGUUCUCAGUCAGAAGACGGUCCAAACCCCUCGAGUAAUCAGUCCAUCGUUACCAAUGAGGAAUUGUCACCAUUAUCAAAGUGGAUUUCUUUGAUUUGGCCUAUGCUAUAACUGAGGAGGUAGCUUCACAGGUCAAGGAGCAAAAAGCUAUUUCGACUGUUCGCAGGCAUUGAUUUAGUGACCUAUGAGAGAAACUGCUUUACUGCAAAAUAUGUUCUAAAGAAAUAUUUUUCAAAAGGUGUCUAGUUUUCGUGUAUUAUUUUACAUUAAUCACAACAGCAGAUAGGUUGCCAUCCUCUUCUAUCUGCAAUUGAAGAUUUGAUUGCAGUGUUAGCAUAUGUGAGAUGUGAAAGCAGGCUGAUGAUAGCUUGCACUGCUUUAUUCCUCUUUCGCUAGUUUUGUGUGUAGUAUUGAGCUAUAUGUACUAAGUCUACUCCAAAAAAGAAAUACAAGUUUACAAAAUGAAAUGAAGCUAACAAGAACCUUUGAAGUUAUCCUUCAAUAAUGAAAAAAAGAAAAUGGUUCCAAAUCAUGGUUGUAUUCCAGUUCCCUUUCAGCAGCUAAAUGCAUUCAGGCAAGCCUACAGAAAAUUGUAGAAUCGUUACAGUAUAUAUUCAACUGAUGCAAAUAAAAUUCUGUAUCCAUUGUUUGCAUAUGUUGGCUAAGAAAUGGUUCAUAAGUUGAACAAAUGUCUAUUCCUGCUAUAAUGAUUGUUCUGAAUAACUGCUCUUAGGAAAGGUUACAUGGGCAGCAAAUCAAGGCUUUGGUAUCAUUAUAUUGAAAUGGAAAAACCUUUGUAUUUUUCAUCAAAAACUGACUCUUAUCUACCCAACUAUAUCCAUUAAGCUAUAUUAACUUAGAGUAAUUAAACAUGGCAGUCAUGUGUUACACUAGAUUCUGAUUUAAACACUUUACAAGAGUCAUUAGCAAACCCAUCUGGCUGGACACCUUGCCAAAACAGCAGUGCUGAACAACUUUCACAAUUUGUCUGUGAAAACGUUUCUGUGAGGACUGGCCCGUUUGAGAAGCUGUGCUAACUGAAAUGACCUUCAGAAUAAGCUUUUUUUUCUGAAGGAAUGCUAUUAGGUUUGUGUAAGAGUUUGUAGUCCAAUAUUCAUUUCAGCAUUUGUCUCUAUCAGUUAUUGAAAAUAAGCAUUAUUAUAAUUACCUGUGCAGAAAGGAUUGUCAGUAAUUCUUUUUCUUCUUUUCCCACCAACUGAGAACAUUUUGUUUACAAAAGCAAAAACUGUCUACAAAUCUCUUAAUGCCUUUGCUGACCAUUUCCUCACAGGAUUAGUUUCAUCAGGGGCACGUGAUUCUUCCUCAAGUGGUUAUCACUGUGGAACAAAGUUUUUCGCCUGGCUGUUACUGUUUUAAUGAUGUUUGGAUGCAAUAUUUAUUAGACGCCAUAAUACAAGUUCAGGUUUGGCAUAAGUAAAGUGCAUUUAACUGGACAUUUCAGUUAUCUGAUGUUUUAAGAAUAAUACUUGGAGAUAUUAAUAAAAACACCUCUUUUAGACAUGUGGAGGCACAGGCUAAGUCUAUGUUAGCAACUAGCGUGGAGCACUAGAAAAAUUUAGUGUCGAUGACCUAGGCUUUGGGGGAUGGGAGAUCUGCCAGGCUCUUUCUUGUGCAGUCCCAUGACUGGACAGCCUUUGGUGGCUGCAAUCAUACAGUAGGUGGGCUCUGGUUUAGUUUUAUCUGGAAGGACGCCAGGCUCUGUGCAAUAAAUCCAAUCCAUAUGAACCAAAGCACAGUAAGUGGGGAGGAUUUGGAAAUUUACUUCAAAGACGCUUUUGUGAUCUGAACUUAAAACAGUAAUAUGGAAGUGUUUCAGAUGUCAACAAAGUCUUACCAGCACAGCAGGCAAUGCUGUGAAAUACCAAGAUGCAGAAACCAAACCAAGCGGCUCAGGUAUUUACUUCUGUAAAAGUGACAAACACAAACCAUGGCAAGAUUACCAAAUGUUUUACUUCUGCCUUAAAAGUGGCACCCUGAUUUGUAUGUAGAUCCUUAUUGAAGGGAUCCUUAUUAAGACAUUUCUCACGCUGUGGACUGCAUUUUAUUAUGUAUGUGUUUUUUUCUGAGACCACUAUUACAAAAAUCAGCAGUAAUUUCUGCUAUUUUUUUCUGUCCCUGAGAGCUUAGUUAUUCUGUGCUUACUGUUAGUAGGCACGUGAUAGCUUUAUACAGAAUCUUUAUACAUCUUUUGCAUUAUUUCAUAUAAAUUCUGAACUUAGGUCAUCUUUUUUUUGUGCCCCAAAUCCAGUUGUUUUGGAAAGAAAUGUUUAAGUUACUUGUAACAUAAACAUGCUAGUGUAUUGUAGGGCAAUUUCUUAGAAUAACAAUUGUCAGUCUGUAAAAGCGUUGCUAUAUGCGUUAUGAUGUUGUUGCAGCAGUAUUUCAUGAGCUCUCUCAAAUACUCUGAGAUCAGACUUUGGGUCUGAUAUCUAAGAAAUUCAGUGGAACCCUGGAAUUGUUGUGUGAUUUGAAAACAUCUGAACCAUUAAUUAUUGCCAAAUAAGUUAUUUGUUACCCCAGCUUCUUGCUUCCACAGCAAAGACUAGAAGGAAAAGAAUGUCUUUUCAACUCAAAAGCAAAUUUUUUUUUUCAGACAAAAGCUUGCUUCUGUGUAUUUGGGAGCAGAUUUUGCAAACUGAGAGGGAAAUGUGUACUUUAGGAAUCCAAGAAAUGAAUUUGCCAGGAAAAAUAAAUCUUAAUCUCAGCUCUCUUCUCUAUGCAGACAGGUUGUGUUCAUUUGAUUCCCUAAAAGGCCUUUAUUUUUCUCUCUCCUAGCACAUUCACUUGAUUUUCUCUCAAGCAGAAUCCAAUGGCACAUGAGCCAGAAGGUACACACAGUGAGCUACAAUAGACCCCUGGUCUGGACAGUGGAGACAGGUUUAUGUGGGUUUAGACAAAGCCAUAGAGAAGGAAGGCCUAAACGUUUUUCAGUCUUUGCUCCUAUGAAAUUCAUAACAGUGGCUGUAGAAAAAGAAAGUGGUAGAGGUACAUUCCAGCCUUACAA